UUCCACACGUUUUUACAGGUUAUAAAUUAAUAAUAAAUAAACGAUUAAUAAUUAUUGUGUAUAACUACUAAUUAAUAUGAUGCCUUAAUUCCCCCGGGAUCGGAACGGACCUCUCAGACGUUUGAAAUUUAAAAUUUUUAAAUAAAGAAUUGCACAUUUGCACAUUGAUUAUCAAUUGAUCACGCCAGCUACUGUCAUAGACCUCUGUAAUUGCUAAUUUGUGUUUUGUUCGAAACAUACACAAUUUAAAGGUAGGCAUCUACUAAUUGCCAUACCAAAAUUAUAAAAAAUAAAAUACAUAGAAACUAUUUGAACCCUUCAACCGAAUUGGUCGAAAAUGAAAGCGAUCAGUAGUAGUUUUACGGUCAAUUUUCGACGAGCAGUGUCUAACGUCACUGCCAUACGAGCAUAUGCAUCUGAUGUUAAACGGUUGGAUGUAAAGGAUUCAGACCCUCAACGGUUGGACAAGAAACGGUCAAAUGAAGACCCGUUGAAUAGUAUUAAGCCUCAUAUGCGAAGUGGAGUACUGUCAGUAGUUGAAAAAGAUAAUAGUGGAUUCCCUUCAUAUAUCAUACUUAAAGAAACUAGUCCCUUACUGAGUCAAGCCAUGAUUGACAUAAAAAACAAAAAAAGACGUCAACAAAAUAGCAGUAUACUUUUAGAAGGUAAACGUCUGAUACAGGAUGCAUUGAAUGCAGGCGUGAAGCCGAAACAAAUUUUCUUUAGCCAGAAGAGAGUUUUAGAAAACAUAUGUUUAUCCGAAGAACUACGAGAUCUACCAGCCACAAGUACAAUAUUUUAUAAGGCCCCAUACAAAAUGAUUCAACUAUUUUCAGAGACUGAGACUUCUCAAGGAAUAAUGGGUAUUUUUGAAAUGCCAACUAUUGACCAUAGAGCCCGGAAAAAUGCAUUUCCAAUUACAGUAAUCUGUGAUAAUAUCCGUGAACCUGGUAAUUUAGGUGCUGUGCUAAGAACUGUAACAGCUGUUGGAGCAUCACAAGUAAUUUUAAUGAAAGGUUGUACUAAUUUAUGGGGAGAUAAAGUAUUGAGAGCCGGUUGUGGUGCACAUUUCAGGAUGAAAAUAAUAUCAGAUGCCAGCUGGAACUUUUUAGAAAAUAUCAAAGGUCAAGUCUGUUUGGCUGAUAACAACUAUGUGAGCAACAGUGAUUAUUCAAAUAUUGAUGAAGACAUAAAUUUAAAUGUUUUUAGAAAAACAGCUCCAAUUGAAUUGCCAAUAGCUCCUUACUAUGAAAUAGAUUAUUGUAAAACCACUCCUUUGAUACUCAUUAUUGGAGGUGAGACACAUGGAUUGAGUGAUGAAGGUUACGAGUUUGCUAAAUCACGAAAAGGUAUCCGCGUGAAUAUUCCACUUGAAAAUGGAAUAGAAAGCUUAAACUCUGCUACAGCUGUAGGCAUAUUAUGUUUUGAGGCCAAAAAACAAAUGUUAAAUUUAAUAAAAAGUGGAGAUGAAAUUGAUAAAAUUGAACAAGUAUAUUAAGAUUGCAUUGCUGUAGAUAUUUUUUAUAUUAAAUAAUUUGAUUAUGUAACUCAAUAAAAAUGAAAAUAUUACAAAAGCUUUAAUUUAGACUAUAAGGAUAAAAGGUUAUACAUAUAAUAUUGUUUUUAAAUCCUUAUAAAAUCUAUAAACUAUUUGUUAAUUGAUUUUUUUUAGUUCAUAGUUUAUUAUGUGAGCUAUGAGAACUGAUUAACCUUACAAUGCCUGGUGUUACUCUUCAACAACAUAUAAUUAAUAUAUCCAUUUUAGAAUAUUUUAAGUAGACAGUACUUACAGUGGCGUAUUUAAGGGGGGCCCGAAG